ACCAGAGCUAACCUGCCUGCAGGUAUUGCCGCUGAGUCGGUAGACCGAGCCUACGCUCCCGGACAUAAAGCGCAUUACGACUGUUCGCCAAACACCCAACCCUCUUCCUGGUGAAUUAUGGCUUCUUCGGAGCAAUCCAGCAGUGGCGGAACUGGAUACGGUAGCCGCACAUUUGCUCACCAUUCCGACGGUCAUGAAGGAUUCCAGGCAGUGCCAGAAGGGGACUUCUGGAAGAAUUGGCACUCCAUCUGUGAACAACGAUGGAAUUCGCUAACCCCACUACAGCGAGGUUCAUUCGAGAGUCUGAUCUCUAUUGAAAAGGAGAUCGAGGAGUUGACUGGAGUGGAAGAAACCAUUCGACAGGAUCUCAGAAUGGAGUACGGCGAAGCGGAUCCCGUAGAGAUGCGGAGAAUGUACAGGGAUCGUUGCAAGGCCACCAAAUCGCGUGAUGACUGGGACAAACUUAUGCGUCUGUGUCACCUUCAUACACUCAACAAAGAGAAGAACAGCCUCCUCUGGGUCCUUGCACAAGGUUUUCCCUUGAGUGCCGAGCGGAUCCAAAGUGCUCCCAUCUCGCGCCUUCAGGAUGUACAAUCCUCUUCGGCGCGGAUCCCACCUUUGUGGGCGGUUAUCAUCGGCAUCGACAGCUACCCGCGAGCCAGAUUGCAUGGCGCAGUCAAGGAUGCAAAAAACAUGCAGCAAUAUCUAGUAGAGUCUCUUCACGUUCCCGACAGUAACAUCGUCAUGUUGCUUAAUCAGCAUGCCACGCGCGAAAAUAUUAUCAAGACACUUUACGACCAUCUGCACGACAAUGGCAGGAUCGAACAUGGCGACGCCAUUUUCAUCCAUUUCUCCGGACACGGGGCCUCCUAUCCCGCUCGUUCUCCUUCAUCAGAGUCUGUGGAGGCCAUCGCUCCUGUAGAUCGCGGCACCUCGAAACGUGGCAAACAUGCAGUCACUGACAUCAGUGACCGCGAACUCAACCUGUUCCUGGGGGACUUGCGCGAGAGAAAAGGUCCAAACAUCACACUCACGUUGGAUUGUUGCUUCGCGAAUGGAGUUACGCGGGGUGGUCACAGCGUUCGCCGGACUGAUCCACUCGGGGAUGACUAUAGACCGAUGUUGCGCGCUGCUGAGCAGAACCCGCGGAAGCGAUGGAGGACAGGAUCAACAGCGGACGGAGUUUACAGUCCUAACGCAUUCUCUCAUGUCUUGCUUGCCGCCUGCCAUGAUUACGAGCAGGCGGUGGACACUGAUGAGGGUGGGGCAUUCACUGUAGCGCUCUUGAGGCAACUGCGGUCUGUUCACCUGAACGAUACAACAUAUCCAGAGCUAUUGCAGGGAAUUAUCCUGCCAAGUGCGCGCCAGACUCCCGUUGCCUCAGGUCGGUACAAGGAUAACUUCAUCUUCAGGAUUGGACAUGGACGCAUCAGAUGAAUCUCACCUCGAGCUUACAGUUGAAGCAUGUAGAUGUUCGUCGUACCUGUUUAACAUUCCACUAUCUAAAUGACCUCCGUGAAUCCCUGUAUCGUGCUAAUUAUUAACUCCCAUACACUUACAUUUUCCGAACGUUUAUAUACAUCCUAUUGGCAUAACGUUUCGUCUACAAAGUUUAGGGCCGCGGAUUUUGCGGAAUAUG